UAGUCAGCUGCAACCUCGUGACUUUGCGGACAUUUGUGUGAGACAUUCUCGUGACUGUAGAACUGAAGCCAUGGACCAGUACCCAACUAUGUGGAUAAAAAAAGAGGAAACAGAUGAAGUAAAAAUUGAGUUACACUCCAUGUUUCUUGAAGACCCAUUAAAAACUGAAGGACCUAGUGUUUCAGUAAAGCAAGAUCCUGAAGUGAAACAACAUGCUGAUGGAUCAGAGCAUAAUUCUGUUAAAGAUCCAUAUGGAAUAGCUUGGUCCACUGAUUUUAUCAAGGAGGAUCCUGAAUUGAAUUUGGAAAUUGUCCCUGAGGAUAUUGUGGAAACCUCAACAAGAUACACAUAUGAUAGUGCAAGGGCAUCAGAGGUGGGCGCUGGCAUUCGGUUCGACCGAUUGGGCAUUCGGUCGCUGUCGCUAGCCGCCGCGUCUGCAGUGGGGUGAGCUGGGUUGGGCCUCAUGCCGCUGACCUCCUACCGCCUACACAGCUGCUGACAGUGUGGCAUCGCGUUCCCCGGACUGCGUGCAUCAGCAUGUCUCUACCACGACACGAGUGGUGGAGCUGAGCUACCAGAAAAU